AGGAAGUCUUCUCAGCUGUGUUGUUGAUUAUUUUGGCAGCUGCCUCGGCUUUGCGGGUUGAGGGGGAUAGGGACACCCCGUGGAAGAAUGGUGUGUGAAAAGUGUGAAAAGAAACUUGGCAGAGUUAUCACUCCAGACACAUGGAAGGAUGGUGCCCGGAACACCACAGAAAGUGGUGGAAGGAAGCUGAACGAAAAUAAAGCUCUGACUUCAAAAAAAGCAAGGUUUGAUCCAUAUGGAAAGAAUAAGUUCUCCACUUGCAGAAUUUGUAAAAGCUCUGUUCACCAGCCAGGUUCUCAUUACUGUCAAGGCUGUGCCUACAAAAAGGGCAUCUGUGCGAUGUGUGGCAAAAAGGUUCUGGAUACCAAAAACUACAAGCAGACCUCUGUCUAGAUAUGUUGAUGAAGAUUCUGAGUCCACGAUUGUACUUUGUGCUUCAACUGUCAAGGCAUAGCACAGAUGUCCGUCUUACAAGAUAACCUGUCUGAAGAUGAAAGACUCAGUCUGAAGCAGGGUGGCUGAUCAGUAUUGAUUUGUCUGCUCUCAUGAAAUUUUGAACAGCAAAUGAUAUAACCAGUGUUCUGCCUUAAGUGGUUAUUUUCCUUGUGAGCAUUUUACUGAACUAGAUAAGUGACAGAAUUAAUGUUCCUGACUUCCGUACGCACUGUCUACUCAAAAUAUUUAUAUACUUAAUGAAUAAGGUGUUCCCAGCUUCUGUACGCACUGUCUACUCAACAUUGUCCAUAUAAUUCUUAUCUGAUCCAUGCAUUUUAUUUAUAGAUAUUGCAAAUGUGAAAUUACUGAUCCUUUUCUUGGAAUGUGACAUCCAGACUUCAGAUUUCUCUCUUAUUCACAAACAUCACAGUUCUUAGAGUAAGCAGCACCUUAGUUAAGUGCAUUUUCAUGAGCUAUAAAUGUUUGAGACCAUUAUUGCAGAGUGGUUCCUUAGUGACCAGUCCUGUUGCAAGUCUAAGACAAGUUGCAUUUUUUAUUUAAAUUUGCUGUUGAUGCUGUCGUGCAGUUCCUUUCACGUGUGACUGAGGGCCAUGGGGCCCGACCGUCCAGGCUUGCACUGAAGUUCAGAGAUGUGCAUUCUCAGCAUCAUCUUACAAUCAAAUGGGGAUAGAUUUCUUCUGUUUUGGAAUGUUCUUUGAAGCAGGAAACAAAACUUUCCUUAACUUCCCCCCACUCCCGCUGCCACUCCCUCAGAAAUAAAGCAAGCGUCCUGGCC